AUGAUGUUCAACAAAAAAGAAGCUGAGAAGCACAUACAAUGGAGAUUGCAUUCUGGUAACUGCAGCUUCUGGUGGGAUAACUGGUUAGGAACAGGUGCCUUGGCUCAACACAGAACAGAAGGAGGAAGACCAAGAAACAUCACUGUAUCCCAAUUCUGGGAAUCUGGGCAUUGGAAUUUGCAGAAGCUGAAUCAUGCUGCACCUGUCCAUAAAAUUGCCUCCAUCCUUCACACCCCAAUUUACCAUGAUCCAAAUACCCUUGACCAGGAUAUCUGGGUUCCUAAUGACAAUGGAAACUUCACAUGCUCAUCAGCUUGGGAAGUAAUUAGAAAGAAGAGGCCCGUCAGUUUUACUAACAAAAUGAUUUGGCACAAAAUGAUACCCUUCAAAUGGUCCUUUUGCUUAUGGAGAGCCGUUAGAAACAAAUUACCAACAGAUGAUAGGGUUCUCUUAUUUAGCAAUCCUAUUGUUUCCAUAUGUGUGUGUUGUCAAAGAUAUGGUGCUGAGACUGUGGAGCACAUAUUCAGCACAGGGCAUUUUGCAGUAAUAGUGUGGAGAACAUUUGGAGGAGCAGUUGGUAUCCAAACAGCAGGACUACCUCACAGACUACUCCUAAUGAAAUGUGCAAAAUAUGGUACCAAACAGUCCUCUUUGACUAGAGUCUUGUUUGCCAUCAAUUCUGAUAUCCAUCUCCUUCUCAAAACCAACUACCCUUCUGUUAAAUGGCCAUUGCAAUGGACUGACCUGUACCAAGCCAUUGAAGAUAUAUCCUAUUACACCAAUGUUCAGCAAGUUACCUGGAGGAAACCAGCACAAGAAUUUGUUAAAAUCAACAGUGAUGGCAGUGCACUUACAAACCCAGGGAAGAUAGGUGUUGAGGCCAUCAUCAGGGAUCACAGGGGUACAUUUAUCCAUGCCUUAGCAGGCCCAAUGGGUAAAGGUACCAACAAUCAAGCAGAGAUAAAAGUAGCAAUUAUUGGGAUCACAUGGUGCUUGGACAAUGGUUACACCAAAGUGCACCUUGAAUCAGACUCAGCUUUACUCAUUCACUAG